AUGUCCGACUCCCUGGUGGUGUGUGAGGUGGACCCCGAGCUACAGGAAAAGCUGAGGAAAUUCCGCUUCCGAAAAGAGACAGACAAUGCAGCCAUAAUAAUGAAGGUGGACAAAGACCGGCAGAUGGUGGUGCUGGAGGAAGAAUUUCAGAAUAUUUCUCCAGAGGAACUAAAAAUGGAGUUGCCUGAGAGACAGCCCAGGUUCGUGGUUUACAGCUACAAGUACGUGCACGCCGAUGGCCGAGUGUCCUACCCCUUGUGUUUCAUCUUCUCCAGCCCCGUGGGCUGCAAGCCUGAACAACAGAUGAUGUACGCAGGGAGCAAAAACAGGCUGGUGCAGACAGCAGAGCUCACAAAGGUGUUUGAAAUCCGCACCACUGAUGACCUCACCGAGGCCUGGCUCAAAGAGAAGUUGUCUUUCUUUCGUUGA